ACACUUUUGAUAUUGGUUGUAACAAAAUGGUUGACAGUGCGUAAUUUCCGUUUUCUCUAACAAUUUUCCCUCAGUUGGCAUCACUGACUGUUCCUUUCUUCCUGCACAUGGCGUGUUUCUAGUGAGUGUAUUGGAUAAUACAUCGCCAUGCAGAUUUUUGUAAAAACUCUUACCGGAAAGACCAUCACACUUGAGGUCGAAUCUUCGGAUACGAUCGAAAAUGUGAAGGCAAAAAUCCAAGAUAAAGAGGGUAUUCCCCCUGAUCAGCAGAGAUUGAUUUUCGCUGGUAAACAAUUGGAAGAUGGACGAACAUUGUCCGAUUAUAACAUUCAAAAAGAGUCCACCCUUCACCUUGUGCUUCGUCUCCGUGGAGGAGCGAAGAAACGCAAGAAGAAGAAUUACUCGACCCCAAAAAAAAUCAAGCACAAGAAGAAGAAGGUCAAGCUUGCAGUUCUUAAAUUCUACAAGGUGGACGAAAAUGGAAAAAUUCAUCGUUUAAGGCGGGAAUGCCCUUCGGAACAGUGCGGAGCUGGUGUAUUCAUGGCAGCCAUGGAAGAUCGCCACUACUGCGGAAAGUGCGGAUACACUCUCGUCUUUAAUAAACCCGAAGACAAAUAAAUUUAUAUAUUAUAUUUGUAUUUUGCAAUCUUAUUUGUAUUGCAAUAAAUUCUAGGAGAUACAA